AGGGGUAGGUGGGAGAUGUGGAAAAGCUCCCACCUCAGGCUUUUAGCUUGAAAUUCCAUCAAACAAUCUGCUCCAACGUGGGCCACUUGACAAUCAGCCAAACAGUUUAACGCGUGUCUCCAUCGGGUGAGCCUCCUGUUCACUUUUCAACCCUUUGAUAGGCUGUCACGAGUUUUUUUUUUUUGAGCGAUCUGUGUGUACACGAGAGAUUUUCUCGGUUGUUGGUUUCGCAUUUCAUGAGCUGUUGUGGGGAUUUGUGUGACGAGACAUUGUGGAUUUUCAGUGCGGAAAAAAGUAUGUGUUGGGAAAUUCAUGGAAUUUUUAUGAAUUAAUAAAAUAUGUAGUAAAUAAAAUGCCGCAAGGUGCAAUACGCAAAAAAUACACACCACUGUGUCUGUUCUCGAUGGUCCAUCGUGCAUCGUACGGAAGCCACAGUUGGGACGUGUUGCCGUGAUAAAAAUGCACUGGGGGUGAUAAAAUGUGGAAAAGGUGAAUUGUUUGGCGGCUAAAGAAAAGCGGAAUGUUGAAAAUGCACUAUGUUGUUCACUUUGUGUGCUAAAAUGGGCGUACACGAGUAAAUAUCAAAUGGUAAUAAUUCAUGAGGUGGCACGUGUGUGUGUUCAUGGAAAAUCCAGCUUCAAUUUAAUUACACAAAUUCUCGUACAAACCACCCCCCGGCCAACGUACAAUUUGUGCAAAAUAUUUUCAACCCCCUAAUCCCACUCACGACCCACCCAUUCCAUUGCAUUAAAUGCAAAAUGUAAUACACUCACGAAUCACGGUGGCAAAAUAAAUUCUAGUGUGUGCUAUCUAAUGUGAAAAUGAAAGGGCUUUGCUGCUAAGAUAUGUGCGGAAUAUGAAUAAUAUACCACGACCAUUGCAGUUGCAUAUUUCCACGUUUUGUUGUAUGCUACCAAAUGCCGUGUUUUCCACCGGGAUGAUUCAUGUGUGAAAAGUGGAGGAGACAGAUGAGAGAAUAGACUGCAGGUGCAAUACAAUUUUGCAGUUGCGUGUGCAAUGAUCUGCUCCUGGUGGUUGCUAAUCUGCUGCUUCUGCACAAUCGAAAUUCUGUGGACUUGGCAAUCAGUGGUGGUGGCGUGCCCAGCUGAAUGUAUUUGCUUGUCACAGACGCAGGUCCUAUGCAAUACGGGUGGUUUGCGUGAAAUACCCGCCCGUCUGUUGCCCGUGACAGUGGAAAAUUUGGCCCUAACGAAGAAUCACUUUCCUGUGAUAAAGAGUGACGCCUUCGGUGGAUUGCGUGCCCUGAAGAAACUCUCACUGGAUGGAAAUAAUAUCACCACCAUUAAACCAUUUGCCUUCCGCGGUCUGCCCAGGUUGCGUGAGCUCUCAAUUCAACAUACGCCCCUUGCCACUGUGGCUCAAUUUGCCUUUGCCGGCUUGCAGAAUAUCACAACUAUUCUCCUUAGUCACAACAAAAUCCUUCGUGUCGAGGGGUUUGCCUUUGCGGGUACGUCAAACGUCCGCCUAAUUCUGCUGUCCAACAACCCCAUGCUCAAAAUCGAUACAUCAGCCUUUUCGGGACUAUCGAACGUGGAGCACCUCAUCCUACCAUCGGGUAUUAGAUCCGUGGAACCAGAUGCUUUCGUUGGUUUGGACACGGUGGGUCUCCUCAAAUUGGCCUACAUGGAUCUCACAUCAUUGCAACCAUUCACCUUCCGCGGCCUCACAAAUAUCCAAGUUCUGUCGCUGCAGGAGUCAGAUUUGGGUGUAAUCUGCGCCAAUGCCUUCGAUGGUCUCACACAUGUGGGCACCCUCAAUAUUCUCAACAACAAAAUCGAUUCCAUCCAGGAGCUCAACAUCACAGCCGCUCACUUCAUUCGCCAAAUCAAACUCCAGGGGAACCACUUGUUGGAGACCCCAGACCCAGAGACCAUGAUUAUCGAGGGUGUGGAGAAUCUCAUUGUGGUCAACAAUCACUUUCCCUGCGGCUGUCAUAUUCACACUCUCCUCGAGACACCUUUAGCCAAUGGUACACACUCCGGCAGUGACUUCCUGUCCAAGAACUUCUGCAUUUCACCACUGGAAGUCAACGGGCGGCCAAUGAGUGACCUGGAUUUGUAUGCAAUCGGUCGGUGUCAGGAGCAGGUAACAAGAGAGAACCUCGAAGCCUCCAGUGGGCGAACUAUUAAUUUCUACACAGUCCUAUGCUCACUCCUAGCCACACUCUAUCUUUCCGUGACCACAUGGAUGGGUAGCUGAGUGUUGAAUUAGGAAGGGAGAAUUUUGGGGUUCAACGAGGGUACUUUGUAAAUAAAUUAGAAACAGAUUUUAAAAGAAAAUUAACAAGGAAAAACCAUGAAAAGAUCGAAUAAUUGAAAAGGAAAGAACAUCCAUGAGAAAAAUCACAAUUUGAAGAAAAAAAAUCAAUUUUAAACAAACGGAAUUAAUUCGUUGAGUUUGGAAAGGAUUUUAAAUUGUUAAAAAUUAUUUUUCUGAAAUUUAUUAAAUGGAUAAAAUACAAAGUGUCCUCAAGUUUUAAAUUUUUAAAAUAAAAACAGGAAUAAAAGUGAAGUGAAUGCAAUUUUAUGUUUUUUUUUAUGUUAUGUCCUUUUCAAACUCGACAAUUCAAUUAAAAACUCAACUGUAUACAUUUCAGCUGAAAGUUUUCUAAUUUUUUAAAUAUGGAAAAAUCUAAAUAGAUUUUAGUCAGUUUGUAUGAAUCCAAUUUUUUUUUGCAAAUUUGACAUAAAAAAAUAAUUUCUAAAUAGAAAAAUUCUAUAUGAAAUUCUCAACUAAAGAAUUCUUCUUAAUUUCAUGAAAACUGUUUUAUAAAGUGAAAUUUUAUUAAAUUAGAAAAUAGAAUUAAAAACAUUUAAAAUUCUUUCUUUGAAAAUAAAAUGAAAAUAAUAUUUUUGCAACAAUAGUUUGAAGAAUAUGAAGAAAAUUCACAAAGAAAAAUAUUUUUUCUAUCACUUUGGCACUAAACUAAUUAAAACAGAAUAAAGUAAAUGGAAGACUAAUUAAGUUGUCUAAAAGAUAUCAGUGAAUUCUCCUUUCAGAUGGAAUUUAUAGAAAUAAAUUGCAGUGAAAUUGUGCAACAAAACAUAUUCGACAAAGCAAACACCCAAUGCCGUUAAGCUAACACGCAAAAUAUAUAAAUGAAUGGUUUUGUCUGGCAGGUAUAAACGCUAAUUUAGUUAUAUCAGUUUUAAAAUACAUGCAUAUACCAUAAUGACAUGGAAAACUAUGUAAUUUACAAAUUUAGCGAUCAAAUUCAUAAAUAAUAAUAUUAUAAAAACAUGGGAUAGUCAAUUUCAUUGGUAUCCCAGCUAAAUAUGUUCCCAGCAACAUUAUUUUGCCUAAUAUUUAGGCAUUAACUCGUAUAGCAUAGAGGUAUAUGGUAAUUCAUUGCGUGAUUAUUCAAAUUUUUGGUAUUUCACUGUAAGAUAAAUUCAUCAGUUUUACAUUUAAAAUUAAAAUCCAUUUGAGGUAUUCCAGCAUAUCGUCCACAAAAAAGAGAGAAAAUUCAAUUAAAUUUUGCCAAAAAGCAAAGAGGAGCGACUGUGAAUUUGGAGUGUACAUAAAAUAUCAGGUGUGAGUGAUUUCCUUCGUCAAUUGCAAAUUAAUGAGUCAAUUUUUCAUCAAUGCUCUUUGAUUUUGUAGAAUACCUCGGUUAGCUGAAAAUGUAGGAGGAUAGAGUGCAAUCAAUAUGGAAUUCCUUUGGGGUAUUGUUAAAAAAUUCAGCCUUUGUAAAAAACGAACCACUCAACUGUGUUAUUUUUAAUUAAGUUUCAAAAAAUAGCUUUUCUAACAUUUUAUAGGGUAAAAAAGGAUUAUUUUCACUAAAAUGUACAUAUUAGAAAUUUAUUUUAUAUGCGAUACUAGUUGUUUUUCAACAUUCAACAAUAUUUUUAUUCAAUUAAAUUGAAAGAAAUUGGACUGGAAAGUAUUUUCUUUUAAGGUUUCUGUCGGAUAUUAGAGAGUUGAAUUUAACUUUCAUAUUCAAAGCUUGUGUUUAAAAUAAUCUUAUACGAAACCAUAUUCAGGCGAGGACAAAAGAACACGUGUAGUUUUUUUAUUGUUCAAUAAAAUUUUAAAAAUUUCUCUCAACAUUAAAAAUUGUAAAAUAUCAAAUAAUAUUGAUUAAUUAAAUUCGGAAUGGUAAUAAAACAACAAUAAAAUAAAAUUCAUGUCUAUCUGAUUAAUUUCUUUUGAUUAAUAAAAAAAAAUAUCAUUAUGUAUACGAACAUAGGACAUUUUUUGAUGAAUGAAAUAUUUUUCCCAUAAAUUUUUGUAAUGCUGUAUAUUUAUUUAAAUUUUUGCUUUAUCAUUUUCAGAAUAUAUGGAGUGCCUAUAAUUAUGAAUUAUUAUAAAACUUAUAAUUGACUUGUUGUAGAAUUACGAAUGGAUAAUGCUGUGUUUAACAAAAAAAAAAAAGAAAGUUACAGCACUAUGGAGAAUUUGCAUAAAAGUUACAUGAACUUUAGCAUAAAAAAAUCAUUUGAAAGAGUGAAUUUUCACAUAUAGUCAGAGUAAUAGAGUCAGAUGGAAAAAUCAGCAUAUAUGGAUACAUGUUGGCUGACGGUAUUUGUGAGAGAGAAAAAAGUGCAGAGAAUGAAGGCAAAAUAAUCCAAUAAAAAAUGGAUUAAUGUUGGUGGUGUUUGCGAGUACAUUAAAAUAUGAAUGUGGAAUUUAUGAUUAGCAAAAUAAUUGAAAAAAAAAGCAUAAGAGGGUGAGAGGGAUUUAAAUAAACAUACACAGUGUAUAUAGUAAGUAAAAAACAUAUAGUGAAUAAUUAUAAAUUAAACGAUGUGUGAAACAUAU